ACAGUAUAAAAAGUAGACUGUCGGUUGUAUUUGGUCGACAACAAUUCACAAUGUGGCCACUUGUUGUUAUCACGAUGCUCAUGUUGGGUGUUGAUGCCAAGGGAAUCAAACUUCACCUCUCAGAUGAGAUGAAGUCCAUGUUGGAGAAAUCUAACUGGGACCACAAGGACACAGCAUUGUCCAUUCACGGUCCAAUGACUCUGGAUAUCCAAUCCAGCUUUAAAUUGAAGGAAGGACAAGUCUUCCUUAAAUCACGGGUCCAUAGCAGAUACAAUGACUGUGCUGACAUAAAUAAACACAGACCGUUGAGUAGAGAUGGAGUGUACACAAUUUACCCAACCCAAGGAACAAACAAGACAGUUUUCUGUGACAUGACCACUGAUGGAGGGGGGUGGACGGUUAUACAAAGGAGAAUUGACGGGGAAACAAACUUCUUCAGAAAGUGGAAAGAUUACAAAAAAGGGUUUGGUCACGCUGAACACGAGUAUUGGUUGGGAAAUGACGCCAUUCAUGAAUUGACAAAAGAUGAGAAACAAAUUCUUAGAAUUGAUUUGAUGAAAUUUUCUGGAGAGAGGGCUCAUGCAGUUUAUUCGCAAUUUUUUGUGGAUAACGAGGCUAACAAGUAUAAAAUGACGCUUGGGAGUUUCAAUGGAACAAAAGGUUUAGGCGAUAGUCUAAGACAUUCUAACAACGCGUACUUUAAUACUAAGGAUAAAGAUAAUGACAACGACAAAAGAAACUGUGCAGAAAUCAACAAAACAGCAGGGUGGUUCAAUGCUGGGUGUUUCAAUACCAAUUUGAAUGAUGAGAUGAAGUCCAUGUUGGAGAAAUCUAACUGGGACCACCAGGACACAGCUCUGUCCAUUCACGGUCCAAUGACUCUAGAUAUCCAGUCAAGCUUUAAACUAAAGAAGGGACAAGUCUUCCUUAAAUCACGGGUCCGUAGCAGAUACAAGGACUGUGCUGACAUAAAGAAACACAGACCGUCGAUUAGAGACGGGGUGUACACAAUUUACCCAACCCCGACGACAAAAAAGACAGCGUUCUGUGACAUGACCACUGAUGGAGGGGGGUGGACGGUAAUACAAAGGAGAAUAGACGGUAAAACAAACUUCUUCAGAAACUGGAAAGAUUACAAAAAUGGGUUUGGUCACGCUGAACACGAGUAUUGGUUGGGAAAUGACGCCAUUCAUGAAUUGACAAAAGAUAAGAAACAAAUUCUAAGAAUUGACUUGAUGAAAUUUUCGAGAGAAAAAGCUCACGCAUUAUAUUCAUCAUUUUUUGUGGAUAACGAGGCUAACAAAUACAAGCUGACCCUUGGGAGUUUUAACGGAACCAAGGGACUGGGAGAUAGUAUGCAGAAUUCCAACAACACAUAUUUUAGUACCAAAGAUAAGGAUCAUGAUCACUAUAAGGAAAAUUGUGCAGCAACCUUCAAUUCAGCAGGGUGGUUCAGUUCCACAUGUUUCUAUACCAAUUUGAAUGGAGAGUAUCGAAAAAACUCACGUGUCGAUGCAAAGGAAUUAUGUUGGUACCAUUGGGGAAACACUUGGAGGUCUCUGAAGUCAGCGAAAAUGAUGAUAAGGCAAUUGUAAAUAGACUUGUUGCGUCAAAUUAAUAAAGAAUUAAACCAA